AACGAAACAAAAACGGUCCAAACUUAUCAAACACUCUCCCCAUUCGUCAAUUCUCCGCUCAUCCACUCUUUUCAAAAAAAUGCCUGCUCCAGCAAGAAGCGCGGCCCUAAAAAUCAACUGGGCCCAAAUCACCACCUCCCUCGGCCUAAAGGGGCAAACAGUCGCCUCCCUCCAAGCCUUUAAGAAGCGCAACGAAGACGUCCGCCGUAAGGUUGCCAUCCUCUCCGAGACCCCACAGGAAGUCGACUUCAGCCAUUACCGCGCCAUCCUCAAGAACCAGGCCGUCAUCGACGAGAUCGAAAAGGCGUACCGCUCUUUCAAGCCCGCUACCUACGACCUAAAUAACCAGCUCAGGACCAUCGAGGCGUUCGAGGCCGAGGCCGUCAAGAAUGCCGAGGCGACGAAAGGCAGGGUCGACAUGGAGUUGCACGAGUUAGAGAAGACACUCAAGAAUAUCGAGGAGGCUAGGCCGUUUGAAGACUUGACGGUGGACGACAUCGCCAGCGCCCGCCCUGAUAUCGAUGCCCGAACCGCAGAGAUGGUUUCCAAGGGUCGCUGGAUGCCAGCUGGAUACAAGGAAAAAUUCGGCGAACUCUCCGUUCUGUAAAUGCGGACCCAAAAUAUGUGCCGACAGAAGUGAAGACGGCGCCCCGAGAUGUAAUUUCCGGGUUUAUAGAGGGCUAUGCUGUCGCAGCAUAUUCAUAGAAAUUCAAAUUUCUCGGUA